GAACGUUUGAUUUGGACGGAAACAAAAAGAUAAAAGAGAGUGAAGGAGGCCGAGAGUAGAAAAUUUUAUUUUCCUCAUUUAUCUUCUUCCUUCUCUCUUCCUCUCUUCCCAUCAACAAUCUUCUCUAACGAUUGUUGUUGGGAAUUUGGGAUAUCUACGUCCCUUUGAAAUUAAGCUCAGACAGCUACCGAGGUGUUGCUCCUAAAAACAGGUGGGAUUACAUUGCUUAUGUCUUCCAUGAUUCUGAGGAUGUCAUUUCACUUUUUAUUCGUAACAAGUUUUUGAUGAGUUUUACCAGGUUUACUUCUUCGCCCUUAAUUGUUAAAUUAGAAGCUACCAUUCCAGUUACCUGGGUACUUAAUUCUUAAAUCCAUGGCUCCAAGCAAGAUCAGGAGAGCCCUUGGGCAUGUCAAGGACCAGACAAGCAUAAGCCUGGCCAAAGUUGGUGGCAGCACCUCACUCUCUGAUCUCGAUGUUGCCAUUGUUAAGGCAACAAGACACGAAGAAUACCCAGCCGAGGAGAGACACAUUCGAGAAAUACUAAGUUUAACCUCCUAUUCUCGUGCCUACAUCAGUGCCUGCGUUAACACCCUCUCCAGACGCCUCAACAAGACCGAAAAUUGGACGGUGGCGCUGAAAACUCUUGUAUUGAUCCAGCGGCUUCUGUCCGAAGGUGAUCCAGCGUACGAGCAAGAGAUUUUCUUUUCAACAAGGCGUGGGACUCGCAUUCUCAACAUGUCAGAUUUCCGUGAUACUUCACGAUCCAAUUCCUGGGAUUACUCUGCAUUUGUGCGUACUUAUGCACUGUACCUUGAUGAAAGACUGGAAUACAAGAUGCAAGGAAGGCGUGGGAAAAGAAGCAUGUAUGGAUGUGAUGAAGAAUUAGGGGAAGAUCAGAAUGAAAAGGCAAUUGUUGUCAGAUCCACACCAGUCCGUGAGAUGAAGACCGAGCAUUUGUUUUCAAGGUUGCAGCAUUUGCAACAGCUCCUCGAGCGCUUCUUAGCCUGUCGACCAACAGGUUCAGCAAAAUGCAACAGGGUCGUGAUUGUGGCUCUUUAUCCAAUAGUGAAAGAAAGUUUCCAGAUAUACUACGACAUAACGGAAAUAUUGGGGGUUUUAAUCGACCGUUUCAUGGAACUUGAAAUUUCUGAAUGCGUAAAAAUCUAUGAAAUAUUCUGCCGUCAAGGCAAGCAGUUUGAUGAGCUUGAGAAUUUCUAUUCCUGGUGCAAGAGCAUCAGCAUUGCACGCUCUUCUGAGUAUCCGGAAAUUGAGAAAAUCACACAGAAGAAACUUGACCUUAUCGACGAAUUAAUCCGUGAUAAGUCUGCGUUGGCACAAGGCAUGGUAAAUCAGGAUGAACUAAAGGAUGAAUCGGAGCAGGAAGCCAAAGAACCCGAAGCAAGUGAAGAAGACAUGAAUGCCAUUAAGGCGUUACCAGCCCCAGAAGAUUUCUUUGAAGCUCCUGUUGAGGAAGAAAUGAAGAAAGAGGAAAAGGAAGAAGAUAAUUCAAAAGCUAUAGUUGUGCAACAAAAGGGUGAUUUAUUGAACCUAGGUGAGGACGCAAUGUCAAGUCAAGACCACGCAGACAAAUUGGCAUUGGCUUUAUUUGAUGGUGGUGCACCAGUCGGUCCUCCACCAGGUCCACGAUGGGAAGCUUUCAAGGAUGAAGCUGAUUGGGAAUCAGCCCUGGUUCAAUCAGCAAGCAACCUCACUAAUCAGAGAGCGACACUUGGUGGUGGGUUCGACAUAUUAUUGCUUGAUGGCUUGUAUCAACAGGGCCAAACAAUGGCAGCCAUGACUUCAUCCGGUUAUGCAGCAACCGGAAGUGCUAGUAGCGUUGCAUUUGGAUCGGCCGGAAGACCAGCAACGCUAGCAUUACCUGCACCCCCAUCGUCCGACGGUAAGAACACGGGAUCAAACGGUGGUGAUCCUUUCGCGGCGUCGCUUGCAAUAGCGCCACCGCCUUACGUGCAAAUGUCAGACAUGGAGAAGAAGCAGAAGCUUUUGAUGGAGGAGCAGGCAAUGUGGGAGCAAUACAAAAGGGAUGGAAUGCAAGGACAUGUUGGAAUGCCCAAAGCACAAGCAUAUCCGUACAACCAAGGAUGGUGCACGAAUGGCUAUUCAAUUCUUUAG